ACUAGCCAAGGGACCUAAAGCCACUCGGAGUACUAUGAAGUGCACUGGUUGGACGUAACCAUGGAUUGUGGAGUGCGCUAUGACCAAUACUCAUCCGGAACAUCUUGACGGACGUGUAUCGCUCAGAUAUGCCCUUGUUGAGUAUCCUAUUAUUUUGGCACAGAAGCUGAACAAUGAGAUAGUUCACGAAAUAUUGAAUGAAACAGACUGUUAUUUGGACAUACAAUCACGUGUGCUCAAUCGGCGCCAUCGUGCUACUCAGUGGACCAAGGGAACUGUUGUCGAAGUGAUCGGAAGGACUGUCAACGAUAUCGAACGUUGCAACAGUCUGAUUGCUAAAGCAGUCCCUUUUUAUGCCUCACGAAGACUGAUCCACGAGAUGGAACAAAACGGUAUUGGUCCCAGAUUCCAUUCAUCAAAAACUUCAACAUUUAUUGACACAGAUUUCUCAUUCUCUACUCAGGACUUGACAGUGAAACAAGGAAUUAGUGGUGCUUCCCAAUUAAUAGAUACCAAGGUUAGUCAAAGUAAAACUGAAGUGGGAGAUUUUGAACCGCAACACUCCGAAGCGCCCAAAACCUGUUCACCGGAGACUAAAAAUUGCGCCAGCACCCAUGGUGACAGUAGAAAUGAAAAUGAAACAUGCGAAGAGAACGGUAGCACGGCGCUAACCUUGGCAGUACCAGAUAUCAGGCAAGAUCAAAACGAGCACAAUGUGAACAUUGUAGGUCCUUACAAACAUUAUACAUUGGCUUUGGACCCACCGUCGAUGAAACCAUAUGGACAGCCUGCAACUAGUGCUCUAGGGGGGUGUACCAGGCAUUCAGGCCUAUCACUGAAUGACAUACAUGAAUACAAACGUAUUGAAAGUUCUUACUUGAAAGAUGGCACGCCAAACGAAGAAAUUGGUAUGCUGAAACAUAAUAGGGGAAUCUUAACACGAAGUAAAGGAUUACAAAAUGCGCGAGGCAAAUCGGUGUCCAAGAUAGCCCUAUCUAGAUUAUCUUACUCAUCGCGGAAAGCAAGGACUGGUGGACGAAACCAGUCGCACGAUGAUCCUAAUCGAGGUAAAUAUGUCACUGUAACAGGUGGCAGGUCUGGUCAGCGAGUUCUUUCCUCUGCCACUGAGCCGUCAGCCAUUUUGCCAACCAUGCGCCUAUCGCAUACACUGACCCGUACCAAACUGUCUUUUCCCCGAGCCGGACUCAGUAUCCAGUUUAGGGAUAGACAGGAGGCUACAAGCAGAUGUAUAUCUUCCCGAAAUAUUGAGUUAACAAGAUCUGGUGAGGCAAACUCCCAUCAUGCUGUGAUCUUAUGCUCGAGAAAAGCUACUCCGCCACUAGUUAGCAUACAGAAUACAAUAGAAGAUAUAGCAAGUAGGAAUGCUGAUGCAAACUUCUUAAGCCAUACGGAUACAAAAUUAAACUUUGCCUUGGCUAGCGGACCAAGUCCAGUAAGCGAUGGAACAGCACGCACGAUUCCAACCUCAGUUAUGCCUUGCAAUCAUACAUUAACACAAGAGGCAAUACCUGGACCGAUUUCGGAUUCACAGGAAUGCAGCUUCGGUGCCAGUUCGCGCGGCAGAAAGUCUUCCGUGACUCCCACGGGUCGCCGGUCCGGGAUGCAAUCGAUUCAGUGUGGCCGUAAGCAAGUCUCCUUCAUGGAGAAAUCCAUGCAACACUUUCCUUCACAUUCGGACGCGACCAGUAAAGCUAACACGAUGGAGCGUGCAGCAUCGAGUUUCGUUUCGGUGCAGGGUCUGCUUGAGGGGCCCAGUCGCAAAUCGGCCGAGGAUAACAGCCCCAAUACUCGGUCAAAUGCCCGCUCAACGCAUGAGUUCAUCCAAGCUGAACAUGUGGUCGACAUUUCCUUUGCUAAAUUAAUGCCUGAAUUCAGUUGUGCGAACAUUCCAGGCCUUAGUGUGGCGCCGCAUUACCAACCACUAUCCAGCACCAUGCGUCGUCUUCAGUUAGCCUCGGUGAACAACAUUCCAGAGCACAGUGUGGUUAUUGACAGGUACUCACUGAGAGAUGAACUCCACCCAUUAGGCUCCGAUCACGAUUUCACUUCCACGCAUGCAUUAAGCGAGGGUUAUUUGCAACAACCAGCCAAAAUGGUGCAAGUCGACUUCAGUCUAUCCGGCCUACUGUCACAGCGAAGGUUGAUAAGCCGGGGAGAGAACAGACGCAGUCACUCUAUGUCUCGGACUGAACCCUGUGGGGUACGUAUCGGCGCUAGAUAUGCUGCUCCGCCGACGCGAACACCAUACAGACAACAGUUAAAAGUGGAACCGAUUCAGCCAAGAAAACAACAACAACAACAACAACUGCGACAACGACAGCAACAGAAUCAACGUCAAUUGCUAAAACUUCAAAGGGGCCGGCCUCAGGUUAAAUCAUUCCAUAAACCAAAAGCGGUUGAACAAAGCGCGCUUCUCACUAGCAAGAGGAAAGCAACCAUUAAAAAGUCACAUUCCGUGCAUUGGAUGAGUGAAGGGAAGAGUUACGUCGACAUACCACUCACCCGCAGUGAAUCUAGAGACAGCCAUGCUGUCCGAACAGCACGCAGUCAAUUUCGCACAAUACUGGCAUCACCCAGAAGCGAAGCAGUUGCUAAGACCUCGCGUGUAAGUGUUGUGAGAACCACAUCGAUGACAAAUACUGUGCAAAAGUCUAUGGUUGUGCAUCGGAAAUUUAGUAGCACGAUGUGGCAGAAACCUUCGGACGUACUGACUGAAGAUGGGAAGAAGGUUUGGUCGAGGAGCGGUAAAGUUGGACCGCAAAGCCACGGUGAUAGACCGGGAUCAGUCACUUCUCCACGAAUGGAAUGGUGGAUUUCGCAUAAGAAAGACCAGGCUGAGUUUGAUUCCCCCGACCCAAACUUACCUUGUGAAGUACCUGGUUUGAUAGAACCCACCACUUUGCUUCUCAGUUCUCAGUUUGCUGCAACCACCACUGCAAGUGACGAUACGAUUAAACCCGGUCCCUUAUCACAAGAGCCGGUGGCCGUACCUUGCGCCAGAGAGGCAGUGACCACUGAAGUGGACCAACCAGUUCUUGACCAGCAUUCAAUGGUAGCUGACACGGAGCAACCCCUUGAGAUGAAUGUGUUCAAGAAUGUCCAAUCACCCAUGCAACGUCAGAAAUUGGCAGAAAAACUGAACAAAAAAUCAUUAACACCUUCCAAAUUACCACGACCGAGGACUUCUUCCGUAUUGCUUGCCAAAGCUCGUGGUUCCAAAGACACACCCGAUCACUAUGCAUCAGAGUCCAGUGAUGCGGAACACAGUGUAAGAAGAGAUACUGCGUUGGUGUUCAGCCCGUUUGUACCUAACUUGCUUCCGCCGUCAGUAGAUCCGACACCUUCUACCUCCGUGGACGUUUACAUGGGCUUGAGAUCCCACAACAGUCCCCUGGCCUACGACAGUAAUGGCGACAUUCCCGAAUCAUUAGCCGCUUCAAGAAGCAGCGUACUUUCCUCACCAAUCAGCGGUUUAUCCGAUGGCUGCUCCACUCUUGAGACUCCAUGUCCUUUGCACGAACAAGGAGUGGUGGUUACCAGCUUAAUCACGAAAAUAAAGGAAGACCAAGAAGUAGUGCGUAAAAGUGGUAGAGAUCCCACCUCUCCAAUCACAUUACAGCAGCACAUAUCGGGCACUGAAGCACCUCGCGCAAAUGAGCUGGAGAAUAAUACCAGUGUAUGUCAAGAAAGUAGUAGCUCCGAGUGGGAACAAGCCAGAAAGCGGGUGCGUCGUCAACCGCUACUGAUCGUUCGCAUUUUGGGGAGGUGUGCGCCAUGGUUUGGAUGCCCUAAACCGGUGUAAGAGGUAAGCUUCCGGAGGUGGUGGAAAGCAUGGUCAGGGUUAUACAAAAUCUGGAACGUCAGGAUGAGGUCACCCGUAGACGGCGAUAACUUCCGCUGUACACUCCCACGGCUUUCAGUCGCUUAUGGUAUUGCAGGUGGGACAAACCCUUCGCAUUGUUUGUUGCCCGUCGCAGUGCGAUCUCCAGUGGCACGAGGUCGCGUUUUAACCAGGGUUGCCAAGCCUGGAUCUCGUACUCUACAUGGGGCCUCAAAUACGCAUUGAGCAUUUGGGGAAGAUGGAGGAUCGAACAGCCCGAAGGCCCUUUGUAACAGACCAAGAUUUUGGUUCGCGGUUUUGGACGCCUUCAUGGACUACGCCGAACAGCCUAGAUCAUGUUGUAUCCCCACCUCAACACCCCAAGACGCAGAAACUUCCAGAACAGACAGUCAUCCACACGCUUUUCCGAGCAUUUGAAAAAUUAUAUGAUCUGGAAAUUAUUUUAAACAUCACUCAGUUAGUUACAUGUGAUAUUUCUUGGUCCUGAGUGAUGGCAGACUAUGGAACAAAAAAGCAGAUUGUAUUCUGAUUAAUCACAUGUGUCUGUCCAUGUACCUUAGCUGAACGCGUGAGACCUUUCGGUAAGAGGCGCACUGUUGAAAGCGCUCUCACCAGUCGAUAAUAAAACCGCAUUUAUUUUGUUC